UUUGUCCAGUCCUUGCGCAACGUGUAGUCAUCAGCUGAUCGAGAAUAUGAAAUGUUUCAAUGCUUGCAGUGCGAGAGAGAGAAACCGUUAGGAGAGAAAAUCGACCAAUCAGCGCUCUCGUCGUCAGCUGUCAGAUAGGUGCUGGCAAAACAUCCUAUCCGACAAUGUAAACAAUAUUUGGCAGAGUCGCAUAGGACUUUUCAAGUUUUGCCAAUUUGCAGUUGUUUCUUUUUGCUUUUUUGUUUUAAAAGUGCUUUAAUCUUAUUAUAAGCCGAAUACUUGUGUCCAGAUGUGUGGCGCCCGGGAUUCGACGGCAACGUGCGACAGGACGCCGUCGGGACGAGGAUUCGCCGAAGGCCAUCCUGAACCGGCUGACCGGUCACGUCCCGUGCGCGGCCAACGGGUACGCCUCGCUGGCCAGCGUCGACUCCAUGAAGGACUUUGUGGCCCAGCUGGCGCGACUGUCGCCCUCGCGAAGCUACAUCGUCGUGCUGGAGAACGCCGACCGGGUGCGCGACAUGGACCACAACGUGCUGCCAAUGUUGCUGCGACUGCCGAAGGUGACCGGGCUGAACGUGUGCGUGCCAGUGCGUGCUGCUCGUGUCGGAUUUGCCGUUUGAAAAGUACUUUGUCAGGACGGGGCUCGCGCCGGUAGUGAAGCUGUUUGUGGCCGAGUACAGCAAGAAGGACAUUUUGGUGAUUAUGAUGAACGAUUUCGAGGCGGUGCGGGAGCAAUUAAGGAUUGAGUUGGAGUAAGGGUUAUUUUGGAUGUUUUAGGGCGAUUUGUGAUACUGAUUGGUUGUACUUUUUAGGUCUUACAAGCAUGCCAACUUGUCGGAGGAGGAAAUUGAUAAGCAUCUGAAGAUUGUGGAGAU